CUGGGCACGGGGCACCCUAAACAUGGUCAUGGGACCUUCACGUGACUGAGGUAUGCUCAAAAAAGUCCACCAUCAUGUCUGAUUUUUGGGUUUUCAUGUGGAUGGCUGCAGGCCUCUGCUCCCUGGGCCGCUCAGAAGCCCGUGGAACUACAAAGCGUUCGGCCCGGCGUGGCUCUGCAGCCCGUGUGCGAGCGUCUGAGCCUUGGCUUUUGGCGAUGACAAGCAGCACAUACCUCACCCGCCCACAGUUUGUCACCGUUUUCUGACAUUUCCAGUAUCUACCGACGCCCAAAAACUCGAAGGAAACGCCGCGGCCUCAGAGGCCGGGGCCAAAGUGCUGUCCUGUCAUCAUGUGGUCACGCUGUCAGUUGAAGGCAGCUGUGACGUCAGUCUGAAUUCCAGAGAGAGAGUAAAGUAGAGGAGUGGAGGGAUUCGCGCUGUUCCUUCGAAGGCUUAUCACCAGACUUCUAUGACAGGUUUUUUUUUUAGUUUGUUUAUCUUCGCAGAGGCGAUAAGGUUUUUCAUGCAGGGCUGCUGGAUUGACGUAGUUUCAGGAUGUGGCAAGAAGGAGUUGUGCAGAGGGUUGGGUUUCACAACUCGUUCUAGCAUGUAACCCAUGCAUGACUGAGGACUACAAAAGGGCCGAAAACUACUCGAAAUGAGACGUGGAGCGAUCUCCUAUGACAGCUCCGAUCAGACUGCGUUGUACAUUCGUAUGCUAGGGGCUUGUGUAAUAUUCAAACAGCUGUUUUCAAGAGACGUGAGAGUGAGAAGCCAGGUAGGAUUUGAACCGGAACGACGAGGCUCGCACCCCUACCUGUGUGUCGAUUUCCGAACCUUGCACUCCCGGAGUGAGAAUGCGAGGCCAGUGCCCGGCCGGCGGGUUCACAGGCUCUUCAGCUUCCAGCGCCACCUGCACUCCUCACGCCGGCUCCACAGCGCCACCACCUGGCCCUACAACCCUCUGCACAUCCUGGACGAAGACUACCUGGGCCAGGCCAAGUGUAUGCUGGCAAAGGUUGGAAGCUGGAAUUUUGACAUUUUCCUCUUCGACAGAUUAACAAAUGGAAACAGCCUCGUCACCCUGACGUUCCACCUGUUAAACCAGUAUGGAUUAAUUGAGCUCUUCCAGUUAGACAUGGUGAAACUUCGUCAAUUUAUAGUCAUGGUCCAAGAAGACUACCACAGCCAGAACCCUUAUCACAACGCAGUCCAUGCUGCAGACGUGACCCAGGCCAUGUACUGUUACCUGAAAGAGCCCAAGCUCGCCAAGUCGCUGACAUCCUGUGACAUCCUCCUGGGCCUGCUGGCCGCGGCCACCCAUGACCUUGACCACCCAGGGGUCAACCAGCCCUUCCUCAUCAAAACCAACCAUUACCUAGCAGCUUUGUACAGGAAUACCUCAGUUCUGGAGAAUCAUCACUGGAGAUCAGCUGUGGGGCUCCUGCGAGAGACAGGACUUUUUUCCCACUUACCUGCAGAGGAUGGAUUAAACAUGGAAAGACAGCUGGGGUCUUUGAUCCUGGCCACCGACAUCAGCAGACAGAAUGAGUACCUGUCCAAGUUCAGGAGGCACCUGGACCAGGAUGACUUGUGCUUGGGCAACGCCUCCCAUCGCCACUUCAUCCUCCAGAUGGCCCUGAAGUGUGCUGAUAUCUGUAACCCCUGCCGGCCCUGGGAGUUGAGCAAACAGUGGAGUGAGAAAGUGACAGAGGAGUUUUUUCAGCAAGGUAACAUUGAGAAGAGGCACAAGCUGGAAGUCAGCCUGCUGUGUGACAGUCAGUCCAACACAGUAGGGGACAUUCAGAUCGGCUUCAUGACAUACGUAGUGGAGCCUCUGUUUUCCGAGUGGGCCCGGUUCUCGGACACGCGUCUGUCCCAGACCAUGCUAGGUCACCUGGGUCUGAACAAGGCCAGCUGGAGCGGGCUUCGGGCUUCUGGGAGCCUGGAAGAGCCAGAGCCAGAACCCGACCCGGACCCACCGCCACCCCCAGCACCAGGCCUGGCCCAGGAGCCCCAGCCACAGAAGAUCCCACCACCAGAACCUUAGCUCAGGGAAGCCAGGAGUUUUGAUCACCCACCCCCAAACCCCCAACCAGUCCCUGGGGAAAGGCUGCACAGAGUGUGUGUUGUGGUGCUUUCUGUCUGUCUGUCUGUGUGUGUGUGUGUGUGUGUGUGUGUGUGUGUGUGUGU